AUGUCAAGUGGAGCAGAAACUCUACAUGUAAGCCUCGAUGCUAAAACCACCUCGAAGUCAGAGCUACCUCGGUUUGUGCUUUCUAGGAGGGUGUACAAAGGGGUUGAGAUGCUGGAAAAUGAGGUUGAACAAAUCGAGGUUAUGGGCACCAGAACAGACGAUAUCUGGGUUUGCAGCCAUCCACGUUCAGGAACAACGUUGACACAGGAAUUGUCCUUUCUGAUUGAAACACUGGAUUUUGAAAAGGCUCAAAGUGUUUAUCUGGAUGAUAGAUUCCCAAUGAUUGACAUCUUAGACGAUCGUUUCCCUUUUUACAGAGGUGUAAAGUUUAUUGAGGAGAUGUCAUCUCCGCGGUUUAUUAAAAGCCAUCUUCCAUAUUUCUUGCUUCCCGAACAACUGCGUCAGGGAAAAGGCAGGGAUCUAGCCGGACACGUACGAAAAAUAGCAGCGUUUCUGAACAAGAAGCUUUCUGAUGAUGACGUGGACCGGAUAUGCAAACAUUGUCACGUGGACCGCAUGCGCACUGACGACAAAGUGAACAUGUCUUACUGGCGGAACAUAAAACAGAUAAAUGAUGAUGCUGAUGGUGGAUUCAUAAACAAGGGUAAAGCAGGCGUGUGGAAGGACCUCCUGACUCCGGAUAUAGUUGAAAAGAUUGACGUCAUGUUGAAGGAACUCGAUGGAACGGGGCUUGUGCUAAGGGAACAUUAG